GAAACGUCAAUACAUUUUAUAUUAAUAAGAGCCUGCCUUUGUAAAUAAUCGCAGCGCGGUGAGACGUCGCAAUAAGAACGCAUGCCGUUCGGUUAAACGACCGAAUCGUUUCGUGGUCGCGUGCAUGAGAGCGUACGUGUCGACGAGAUGGCAGAAUUCGUGCGCGGUGGACCCAGCGUAUCCAACAAUGCCAAGAUGGAACACAAUAGCAAAGGUGGAUCUCCUAGUACAGGAAGCGAAGAUGGUGGCCAGAAUGAAUCAUUAAAUGCUGAGCAUGAAUUUGAUCCUUUUCUUGAAAACAUACCAGAUGAUAUACAAGAUACGGAAGAACCUGAUGGCGCAAAUGCUACUUUGCUAACGGCACCACCAGAAAAUCAAUGGUAUCAUGGUAGAUUAGAUAGAUUUACAGCAGAGGAAAGACUGUGGGAUGCGACCAAAAUGGGUAGUUAUCUGGUUCGUGAAAGUGAUAGAAAGCCUGGAAGUUAUGUUCUAUCUUAUUUGGGAAGAACUGGAAUAAAUCACUUUCGAAUUACAGCUGUCUGUGGAGAUUAUUAUAUUGGUGGUCGGCAAUUUAAUAGCCUAUCAGAUCUGGUUGCAUAUUAUACUCAUUGUUCAGAUCUGCUUAAGAGAGAAAGACUUAUAUAUCCAACACCGCCUCCCGAGCCGGUGAACGAUAAGAAACGAAUUGUCGCAAUAUUACCGUAUACAAAAAUGCCGGAUACCGACGAAUUGAGCUUUCAAAAAGGAGAUAUAUUUUUCGUCCAUAAUGACAUGGGCGAUGGAUGGUUAUGGGUCACUGCCCACAGAACUGGCGAACAGGGUUUAAUAUUUCGGGAAUUAGUCGAGGAUCUUGACGACUCAAUAGAUCCUAACACGGUAUUUUCCUGGUUUCAUCCUAAUGUCACGAAAAGUGAAGCGGUAGACAUGUUGGUGAAAGCAGGACCUGGUAGUUUCCUAGUCAGACCAUCAGACAACAGUCCGGGAGAUUACUCGCUCUUUUUUCAUAUAAACAACCAGAUACAAAGAUUCAGAAUUGAAAAGAAGGGAGUACGGUAUUUAAUGGGUGGUAGAACGUUCGAGUGUCUCGAUGCCGUAAUUAAUAGAUACCGAAAAGAACAGAUCGUGGAGGGACAUACUUUGGUUCAAGCGAUGGUAACGGAACCCGACGGUAGCGUCAGAGUCAAUAGAGAAGUGCAGCAUGCCGAGAAGAUAUAUGCAACCUUGAGGGAAUGUCGAGAGCAAUCGGGUGCUAAGAAAAACAAAGGGAUUAAAAUGCAAGGCUAUCUGGAAAAGAAAUCGGAGAAAAAUAAGAAAUGGAAGGCAUUAUAUUUCGUGUUGCUGGUCGAUGGUACCGACACGCAUCUCUAUCUAUACGACAAUCCUAAAAGGACUAAACCAAAAGGUCUCAUUGAUUUAAGCUGUGCUUACUUAUACCAGGUUCACGAGAGUGUGUUUGAAAGGCCUCAUUGUUUCCAAUUAGUUGAACGUGCUUUACCGUGUCUGGCCACCAUAACUUAUCUGGCUGCCCCGAAUCCCGAAAAUGCAUUAGAAUGGAUUAAUGUCCUGAAACCAUUGUGUGUGACACAACUCACUCGUGCUCCGAAAGUUCCCCGCCUACGUGAAUUACGUUCGUUGCACCUGCACAUCCUAGAUACGCAUAGGCUUCCGUACAAGCUAGUACCGAGUCCGUUCAUUAUAGUGGCCCUAAACAAUGUUAAAGUCGCUCGCACGAAGGUCAAAACGGGAUUGCAUCCUCUCUGGGAUGAGGAAUUCAUUCUGGAAGACGUACCGCCGGAUGUCAUGUCCUUCUCGUUGACUCUGUACAACAAAGGUAAGCGCAGUAAGGACACAGAGGUUGCAGAAUUAACGGUUGAAUUGGCGAAUUUGACUAACGGAGAGGAAAUGGACGAGUGGUAUCCGUUGUCGGGAGUAACGCCUAUCGGAGAAUGGGGAGCGCUGCGUUUACGCAUACGAUACAGACACGAUUUAGCUAUGCCGCCUGAAGAGUACAGUCCUUUGCAGCAAUUAUUACUGGAUCCGGAACUGCAUGUUGUCAAGGCUUUGGCGGAUGUAUGUCACUUGGAUCGAGUACCCUUGGCAAAUAGUCUCCUUAGAAUCUUUAGGCAUGAAAAGAAAGAAGCGGAUCUCCUGCGAUCAUUGAAUCAAGCUGAAGUGGAGAAGGAGGAUGAAACACCAACGUUGUUUAGAGCUGCCAGUCUCACUACCACUUUAAUGGACUUAUAUAUGAAAUCUGUUUGCACUUCAUUUUUGAAGGCUGCUUUACGUGAUACAAUCGUGAAACUAAUUGAAAGUAAACAGAGCUGCGAAUUAAAUCCAACGAAAAUGGAUUCCCCGGAGGAUGCGUGUAAUAACGCGGAAUUUUUACUACAAGUAUUGGACGAGGUUACAUUGAGUAUUUUUACGAGUCCCGAUGCUUGCCCGAGGACUCUUAGAUACAUUUGUGGAUGCUUACAAAGAGCAGUCGUCGCUAAGUGGCCACACGAAAGACUAGUCAGAACUCGGGUCGUCAGCGGAUUUAUAUUUCUGCGCCUUCUCUGCCCUGCCAUAUUAAAUCCUAGGUCGUUUAAUCUAAUCGCUGAGCCACCACCUCCAUCUGCUGCAAGAUCAUUAGUCAUGGUGGCAAAAUGUUUGCAAAAUUUAGCCAACUUGGUGGAAUUUGGUGGAAAGGAGCCAUACAUGGAAGUCGUGAAUCCAUUUAUAUUGAAAAAUAAGGAACGAAUGGUAGUGUUCCUUGAUCAGUUGUCUAAUGUUGCUGAGAAACCGGAAUCAGAAGGUACAGAUCCGAGAACCAAAAGUGUAUGCGACACUGCGAGAGAUUUGGCGACGUUGCAUCAUAUUUGCGUCUCUCAUUUGAAGGAACUUCAAGUUCUGUCGAAGACACAGCCGACGAUUAAACAGUUGGUGACAGUGACUGAAAUGUUGAGCAAGCAUAAGCAGAAGUAUAUGGAAAUGAUACGGUAGUGCUAAAGCCAUCAUCAGCCAUGAACAAUGCCAAACACAAUAAAAACGAUUUAUAAGAUUCAAUGACAGAUAUAUAUAUACAUACAGUAAUAGCAUAGUAUUUAAUAAUUAUAUGAUUAAUUAAACGUACAGACUGACGUGCCAUAUA